AUGAUUAUAUACCAAAGGCCAGCUGAUCGGGACGAUAAAUGGAUCGAUUUGGUACGUCAAAGUAACGGAGAAGAUGAUAAGACCUCAUUAACUACCGUAACGAGCACGAUACAGGAUAGCAUUUUAAGUACACAAUCGCAAUCAAUAAGAUCGAUCUAUGAUAAGAGUAGAGAUUUCGAAGGACAUGUACUUCAACGAUCAGGUGGUGGUCGGGUAUUCAGUUAUCGGAAAAAAAAGCCUUCCAUUGGAAAUGGAAUUUUUAGUGCUCCGGCUGGCGUCAAUCCUCAUCAUGUUGCUUCUUCGAUCGUACGACGGAAUACAGUACGCACAAGGGGAAAACUUUUGACUAUUUUUGCGCCACUAUUGCACGGUAUUUUGAUCGGAUUAUUAUGCAUGGAUGCGAUUCAUCUCUGGCCUGGAGAAUUUUUACCCACGUCUCUUCCAACCACUACACCUAUACCAUUGCCACCAGUUAAAUGUAACGUAAUCGAGCCUUCUUGGUUCGAUCCUGCAUGAAAAUGAAUGAGGACGACUUCUUCAAGGAUAAAAUAAACAAAAAAA